GCUACCCAGUCCCCAAGAAGCCAGGAUGCUCACGCAACUGCGCGGGACGAUUUGAAUUCUAAAGCAUUUCGCCCGUUGCGGAGGGGACGGCGGCUGAUGUUGCUUCUGCUGAGGCUGCCAUGGACUUCUCCGCACGCGCGCAAUUAUUUGAAGCUGACAUACAGAGCUACAAUGGAGAUGAUCCACUUGAUCCUUGGGACAGAUACUGUCAAUGGGUAGAAGGGAUUUCAAAAGAAGAAGGAAGACAAAACAACCUAUCAAGUUUGUUAGAGCGGCUUAUGAAGGUCUUUUUGAGUGACAAGAGGUACCAACAUGAUAGCAGAUUCAUCAGCUACUGCUUGAAAUUUGCCACAUUAAUUGAUGACCCAAGUCAAUUUUUUGACUAUAUGUACAGCCAAGGAAUUGGUACCAAGUCAUCCUAUCUGUAUGUUGCAUGGGCUCAGCAACUUGGCAUGCAAGGAAAUGUGUCACAUGCAAACACUGUCAUUGAGAAGGGGAUUCACAAUGGAGCACAACCUGCUGAAAAGCUACAUCAGCUUUAUGGGUUGUUACAGAGUUGCUUAGCCCAGAAUCAGAUUUCAAGUCAAGUUGGAGUCUUGGUGCCACAUAAUUCCCAACAGUUCAAUCAGAUGACUUCUAAAGAUGACCUAGCCAGUGUUCACAAAAAACCUGAGGACAUGAAUCCAGCAAAUUCUGAAUUGUGUCCUGUUUAUGGCGGAUUGGAAAAAAUGGAACAGCCUCAGUAUAUAACCUCCAUUUCAAAAUCUGAAGUCUUACCAACAUCAUCGUCCAGUGCGACCCAUGAGCAGAAAGUUAUGUAUGACAAGAAUCUUCUUUAUUGUGAAGGCUCCGAAUUGUGCUUUGAAGAAGUUAGAGCCAAAAUAUACUUGAAAAGGGCUGAACGUCUGAGAAGGCACAAAGAAUGGGAGGAUGAAGACAAAGAAUUCAUGAAAAAGAAGGAGAAUGAUCUUCUUGAGCUGCAGACGUUGCAACAGAAACUGUUUCUUCUCUCUCAGACAUCAUCCUUAUCCCAGAACACUUUGCAAGGGCCAUCCACUCACCAGUCCUUGCUAAGCACCACAGUGGGUUGCCCAGGUGCAGCUCCAGGUCUGCCAGAGUGGGCUGCACCUUCCCCAGCUGGAUGUCUACAGCAUUCUUUGACCCUGGGGUCAGGGCAUUGGAGUUCAUCAAGGCCUUUCAGCACAGCCACAGAGAUUUCAGGAGCUGUGGCUUCAGCUCCGCAGCCUACUGAAAACUUCCAGAAACGGCAGGGGUCUAUGUCAGUCACCAUGGCUGAAAAGGAUUCUUCCAAAUCCAAGAUCGAUCUUGAGGAAUGUGAGAGAAGACUGCAUAGACUUCAGGUCGAUACAGAAGAUGUUGUGCAACCUCCUCAGAAACGUUCUGCCAUUUCCCAUGACUACCGCCAUGUUGAGCAGCAACUGAAUGCUUCUGAACAGAAGCUGCCGUGUUCUGUGGAAAUGGGAAAUGUAUCAGGUAGCCGAAACGCUUCUAUUUUACUUAGUAAUCAACAAGCCACCCCAAAUACAUCAGCAACGAUGCAAACUGCUCCAUUAGUACAGCCAUCUCCUACUGUUCACACUAAAGAAGCCUUGGGUUUCAUUAUGGAUGAGUUUCACGCACCUUCAUCUAAAGAUUCCACUAUGGUUUCUGAAACAGAGGAGGAUGAAUUUGAAUCCUAUUGUAGAAGUCAAGGGACAUGCAAGAUUGAGAGUCUGCCACCCCCUGCUCCUGCUGCAGGGCCCACUUUCACAGUCUUUGAAGAUGAGAAUGCAGAGGUCCUCCAGCCACCCCCAAAGCCAACAGAAGUCAAGGUCUUAAGAGAACGUCUCACAGAAUGUGCCACCAAACCAGGAGAAGGAAGUCCACCAACAGAGUGCCUGACUGGUGACUGUACUGUGUGGGCUAACCACUGCAACAAAACCCUGGCUCCCAAUCCUAAUGAUACAAGAGACUUCGUUUGUGCUGCAAGAUAUGCCUCCACACCAUUCAACUCUGUUCCAGUACAUGCCUGCCAAGUGACAUGGAACAAAGUAAUUGAAAAUCCUUGGGAUGACGGCCUAAUCCGCCAGCUUCUGUCUGAGGUGCCUAAGCCAAUAAGUGCUUACUCGAAUACUUUUGAAUGGGAACCAAACCUUCCAGUUCUGAAGCUUAAGGGUCAACUCAGAUUGGGAUCCACAUCCUUCCACAUUGACUGUUUACUUGGAGAAGGAGCUUUUGCGCAUGUGUAUCAAGCCUCUAUCCUUGAUAUGGCCAACACAAGAAAUAAUCAGAAAGUAAUAUUGAAAGUACAGAAGCCUGCAAGCCCCUGGGAAUUCUACAUAGCAACUCAACUGACAGAAAGGCUUAAGCCAAGCCUGCGUCAUCUUUUCAUCCAGUUCUAUUCAGCUCAUUUCUUCCGAAAUGGAAGUAUUUUAGUUGGAGAACUUUACAGUUAUGGAACUUUGCUGAACACCAUAAAUAUAUAUCGAAAGCUCCCAGAGAAAGUGAUGCCUCAAGCACUGGUCAUCUACUUUACCAUAAAAAUUCUCCAUAUGGUCGAAGAGCUUCACAAAUGUGGAAUAAUUCAUGGUGACAUUAAACCUGACAACUUUAUUUUUGGUGAAAUGUUUUUGGAUGAUGACACCUGUGAUGUUGACAGCGUGUCUCACGGCUUGGCAGUCAUUGACUUUGGCCAAAGUAUAGACAUGAACCUGUUUCCUGAAGGAACUGUAUUCACAGGGAAGUGUGAAACGUCUGGAUUUCAGUGUAUUGAAAUGUUGAUGUGCAAGCCAUGGAAUUACCAGACUGAUUAUUUUGGAAUAGCUGGAACGGUGUACUGCCUACUAUUUGGAACGUACAUGAAAGUCAGAAAUGAGGAAGGCAUAUGGAAGCCCGAGGGUGUCUUCAGGAGGAUUCCACAUGCAGAAGUUUGGAGUGACUUCUUCCAGACUUUGCUGAAUGUACCAGACUGCAACCAUCUGCCUUCUUUGAGAGCUUUACGGACAAGACUAAAAGAUUUAUUUCUGACUACUUAUACUAACAAAGUAAAGACGCUCCGUAACAGGCUUGCAGUGUUGCUUGUGGAAAAUAAACGUUCCCGUAAAUAAACUCAGAUAACCCACAGGCCUUCAUCGAGAAAUAAAGUCCUGUACAUUUCUUGUGAAGAGGUUUUAUCAAAGCUACAGCUCAGAUAAUAUCUGAUAAAUUGUAUAUAGUACUUAAGAUAAAUGAUAGCUAAUCUUUAAUAAAAACAACCUUCUGAA